CUCGGCCAAUCCAAUCCAAUCCAAUCCAAACGAAACCUAACCCAACUUUCAAGUUUCUUUUCUCCUCUCCACUCUUCAGUUUCCCCCAAAACACAACACGCUAUCGAAGAUGAUGCACAUGACCUUAUACUGGGGCAAAACGGUAACUCUUCUCAUCGAUUCAUGGAAGACCAAUUCCUGGCCGAGUUACCUACUCACCUUACUCGCCUGCUUCCUCUUCUCCGCCUUCUAUCAGUACAUGGAAGAUCGACGCCUCCAAUUCAAAGCCAUCACCUCCACGCCAUCUGCCCCAGCCUCAACAGCCGCUCCACUUCUAGUCAAACUCAGCGGCUCUCGCGGCGGAAGGCUUGCGAGAUUCGUAAACGCCGUACUCUUCGGAGUAAAUUCGGCCAUCGGUUAUUUAUUGAUGCUGUCAAUCAUGUCGUAUAAUGGUGGAGUGCUGUUGGCGAUCGUGUUAGGGCUCUCCGUUGGGUAUUUCGUGUUCAGAGCCGGAGAUGAAGAGAUCGUGGCUGUCGAUAGCCCCUGUGCCUGUGCCUAAUCCCAUGAAAGUGUAAUUCAAUUUGUAUGGUCAUAUUUCUAUGAUUGGAUAACUAUUUACGAAUUCUCAUAUCUGCGUUGCGCAGUUUAGAAUUCACUGGCUGAUUAUCUUUGAAACUGUAUUGCCGAUGGGACCGCUGAGGCCUUAUGUUCAGCUUCAACGGACUCCUCUUAAAAUUA